CUCCUCCUGCCGGUGUGAUGGACGAGGAGGAGCCCAGAUUCCAGCAGCCUCUGGCGCCUCCAGUAUCUGCCAGACUGAGCGGAUGCGCGGAUGAUGGGAGCGGCUGGGGGACCGAGAUGAAGAGAUUCACGCUUGGAGGCGGGGCUGCGCGCAAAAGCUCCAGCAACAACAACGAGCUGUGGCUCCUGCAGGACGAGGAUUCCUUUAAGGAACCUCUGGGAACCGCUGACUCUGCUUUGUUAUGCCCCGGGGAGGCUGCCGGUGGCCGGGGCGGCUCAGCGUCAGAGCACCACAGAGGGGACACAGUUUCGGAGGCAAGCGUGACAGGAGCGGGGCCCGUCGGAAUGAUAUGCAACAAGAACGGAGACUGUAGAAGGGACCCGACCAGUUCAGGGAGCCUGUCUUCUCUCAUCUCCAGACAAGAGAAGCAGGCGGAUGGAGCCGUAGGGAGUGAGGACGGAAGGGGGCAGGCCGGGGGGAUGGACGCCUCUGUCACUUCCGCGGGGUCUUUAAUUCAGGGGCCCGUCGGGACUGAGGUCAAGACCAGCGCAGCGACGGAGAAGAAGGACUCUAGAGUUUCCUUCUCCAACGCCCCUACUAGUAAAGGUCAGAUGCCGCCGGGCGUGGAGUCAAGAAACUCUGUCACUUUCACUAAAGCGGAGGACAGUUCUCAGAUAGUUCCGGACGAUGGGGACUCCAGGGGGAACCAGACGUACAUGCAGCGGCAGUUCAGCUCCAUGCUCCAGCCUGGAGUUAACAAAUUCUCCCUGCGCAUGUUCGGGAGCCAGAAGGCGGUGGAGAAGGAGCAGGAGCGCGUAAAGUCUGCGGGGAACUGGAUUAUCCACCCAUACAGCGACUUCAGGUUCUAUUGGGACUUCACCAUGCUGAUGUUCAUGGUCGGCAACCUGAUCAUCAUCCCGGUUGGCAUCACCUUCUUCAAAGACGAGACGACAACGCCCUGGAUCAUCUUCAACGUGGUCUCGGACACCUUCUUCCUCAUGGACCUGGUGCUCAACUUCAGGACGGGCAUCGUGUUCGAAGACAACACCGAGAUCAUCCUGGAUCCCAAGAAGAUCAAGAAGAAGUACCUGAAGAGCUGGUUUAUCGUGGACUUUGUUUCCUCCAUACCUGUGGAUUAUAUCUUCCUCAUUGUGGAGAAGGGCAUCGACUCGGAGGUGUACAAAACGGCCCGGGCGUUGCGCAUCGUUCGGUUCACGAAGAUCCUCAGCCUGCUGCGCCUCCUCAGGCUGUCCAGACUCAUCCGUUACAUCCACCAGUGGGAGGAGAUCUUCCACAUGACCUAUGACCUGGCCAGUGCUGUGAUGAGAAUAUUCAACCUGAUCGGGAUGAUGCUGCUGCUGUGCCACUGGGACGGCUGUCUGCAGUUUCUCGUUCCCAUGCUGCAGGACUUCCCGUCUGACUGCUGGGUGUCACUUAACAAGAUGGUGAACGACUCAUGGAGCGAGCUCUACUCCUUCGCCCUCUUCAAGGCCAUGAGUCACAUGCUGUGCAUUGGAUACGGCAGGCAAGCCCCAGAGAGCAUGUCGGACAUCUGGCUGACCAUGCUCAGUAUGAUCGUGGGAGCGACCUGCUACGCCAUGUUUAUUGGCCACGCAACUGCCCUCAUCCAGUCUCUGGAUUCAUCAAGGCGGCAGUACCAGGAAAAGUACAAGCAAGUGGAGCAGUACAUGUCCUUCCACAAACUGCCGGCUGACUUCCGACAGAAAAUCCAUGAUUACUACGAGCACAGAUACCAAGGGAAGAUGUUCGACGAGGAGAGCAUCCUGGAGGAGCUAAAUGAGCCUCUGAGAGAAGAAAUUGUCAACUUCAAUUGCCGUAAGCUGGUGGCCUCCAUGCCACUGUUUGCCAACGCCGACCCGAACUUUGUGACAGCCAUGCUGACCAAGCUGAGGUUUGAAGUCUUCCAGCCAGGAGACUACAUCAUCAGAGAAGGCACCAUUGGCAAGAAGAUGUACUUCAUUCAGCACGGGGUGGUGAGCGUCCUGACCAAAGGAAGCAUCGGCAUGAAGCUCAUGGACGGCUCCUACUUUGGCGAGAUCUGUCUGCUGACCCGAGGCAGAAGGACAGCCAGUGUUCGAGCUGACACCUACUGCCGCCUGUACUCUCUCUCAGUGGACAAUUUUAAUGAAGUGCUGGAAGAGUAUCCCAUGAUGAGGAGGGCCUUUGAGACAGUUGCCAUCGACCGACUGGACAGGAUAGGCAAGAAGAACUCGAUCCUGAUGCACAAAGUUCAGCAUGAUCUCAACUCUGGUGUUUUCAACAACCACGAGAAUGAGAUGAUUCAGGAGAUAGUCAAAUAUGAUCGGGAGAUGGUUCAGCAGGUGGAUGUACCACGGCCACGGGCAAUGUCCUUGACCCCUCCGCUCCCCGGCGGGAUCUUUUCUCCUCCUGGUUCCUCCACUCAGCCUCGAGACUCGGCAAUCGCCACCCUGCAGCAAGCUGUGGCGAUGAAUUUUUGUAACCCCAUGCAAGGAAACUCAGUGGGAGCAGGGCCCUUGCAGUCUCCUAGGAUGGUGAGGAGAUUCCAGGUGAUGCAGAGUGUAUCCAGCCCAGUCUCUGCUUCUCCACUCCAGUCACAACUCCUUGCCUCCGGUGCCUUUGCUCCAGUCUUGGCCAGUCCCCCUAUUCAGAGUCCACUGGCUGCUGGAGGACGAUCAUUCCAGUACGGAUCCAGUGUGCUGACUGGUCCGAUAUCAGGCUCCCAGCUAUCUCUAGUUCAGCAGCACAUAUCCAGUCCUGCACACCGGCCCAACAUGCAUAAGAGCACCCAUUCUUUGCACCUGGGCAGCCUGAGCCAAGAUGUCAGGGCCCUGUCAGCAUCUCAGCCCUCACUACCUCAUGAGGGGGUGCAACCAGCUGUCCCCAGUCCACCCCAGUCAAUACAAGUUUCUUCCACUUCUAUUGGACCCCCUCAGACGCCAAUAGGCCCCUCAAGCAUUCGGAGUGCAGUACCUCAUAAGGUGGUACUCCCCCACCAAAUGUCAGUGGGGGCCUUCCCUGUAGCAUCUUUGCCUGGUUCUGCGCAUGGUUUUGCAGCAGGGGUGGCAGUGGGUAGCAUGGGAACAGGUCAGGGGGACACACUACCACCUAAAAAGGACUCAAUAGCAAGCCUUUCAGAGACAGACCACAUGAAGGUGAGAUCUAGGCUAUCCUCAAACUUGUGAUCUUAAUCAAACUGUUCUAGGGGGAAUGACUGAACGAGGAACACGAUCACAGGAACAUGUUCCUCUUCUUUUUCCAAGUUUGACUAUCUGAAUGUAUGAAUGUUGAGCGAGCAGGCAGCAUCCAAAAUAUAUGAAUCUAAUGACAUUUGAUUCUACAACACUGAGAUGUUUCUACUCACAGGUGUAGUUGCACAGAUAAGUAAAAGUAAAGUAGCAUAUUUCACAUCAUAGCUAACAAUAUAUUCUUCAGUGUCCUCCCAUUCUUCUCAUACAAUGUACACCUGAGGUCAGAUGGUUUAAAACUGUUAUUCAGGGAACGGCUUUAGAUAUCAGACGUUGGAACUUAAUUUGCGAUUAUUUACUGUAACUUCGUAAUGUGCCAGAGCUCCUUUUAAACUGUUAAACUUUUUUGCUUCCUUUCAAGAUAUCUUAUCGACUUAUUGGGAAGCAAAAAUAACAAAAAAAAGAGACAGUUUUUGACUACCUUACGACAACGGUAAAAGCCAUACUUCAGAUAAAAUAUUAUGAUUGGACUGCUGACAGUAUUAAGAAAAUUAUAAUUUUACCGGCAUUUCUACUAGCAGAGAAAAUGUAAUACACAAAACCCCCAAGACUCUUGAAAGCAUAGUUUGGUUUUCAGUAGAUGCCUAUCAGAGGAAAUUUAGAUUAAAGAAGUAACCAUACACGGGAAGAACUGUUCCUUAGGCUCCAUUCACACCAGAUUGAGACUGACUUAUGGCCUCCAGACCCUCCAUGACUGUUAGAAGGUUGCUGAGUCAGGUAAAAUCUCAAUUUCAGUAGGCAGUGAUAAUCCUGCUGUGCAUUUAGUACUCAUCAAUAAUUCUCAUCAAAUAUGAUUUUUGUUUUCUUGCAAACUUACAGCCACAGGUGUCACAUCUUCUCUAAGGAGUUUCUUAUCAGUUUAUAAAAUGAGUGCGUAAAUAUUUGACACCAUCAAUUUCAAUCGUACUAUGGUUUUCUGAAUCCUUUGUACUGCUGGCAUCCCGAGUAAUAAUGCUAACUGGGUGCAACGCUGUACAUACUGGUAACUCUCUUUAAUGUUAUGGUGUGGGCUUAAUCUGGAGUGAUAUGAUGUCAUCAUAUCAAUUAUCACAUGGUAUAAUUGUUUUGAUAAGGUAAAGACUACUCUUAAACUCUUCAUGUAACCCCACUAUGACAGAACCAAACUAUUCAGUUAAGAUCACGGGAGAUGUUAUAAUCCAUACUGAAAUUACAGUGGUGGGAUGAAUGUGUUUUUUUUCCCAAAUAAUUGAUUUGUGCUCUAGUUAUCCCCAUGUUUGUUCACUUUAUAGUUCAUAAAUCUAACGAGGGUGAGUUUUCAACCUUACAUCACUAUGCACCUUUCUGUUUUGUUUUUAAAGAAACAUUUAAUGGUUCAACAACAACUUUUCAACCACAUGGAAAUUCCUACUAGUAGCCAAAAAUGUAAAUUAUGCAAAGUUCAACAACUGGCUGAUCUUUUUUUUUUUUUAUAUAAAAAAAUAUAUAUAUAUUAAACUGUAACUUACUAGCCAUGGUGAGAAAAUUAUUAUUGACAACAAAGAAACAUGCUUAUAUCUGCUGGAUGUAUCCAAAACGUUAAACAAACAAAGUUUGCUUUGGGCCUCUGCACCGACUAAUCAGACUCAAAUGCAUCCCAGGAAGCAGUUCUUAUUGCCCAGACUUGAACUGUGAUUCACUGCCAUCUACAAACUAGAAACUUAUUACAAGUUCAAUUGUAAACUCAGGCCCCUAUUAUUGCAAUGUAUUCAUUCUUUUCUAAUACUGAGUUUUCACUUGCCUUUAGUGGCCGUUUAGGCGAUGCAUCUCUAUGCCAAAGUCAAUUCUGACAAAUAAUGAAUCUCCUGUUACCGCCACAAUUUAGAUAAACAGCCAAGGACAGCGCCGAUCCUUCGCAGGACGUAUAUUGCAGUGUGCCUCUGUCAUUGAUGCUUCGGUAAGAAAUCAUCGAAUGCCACUGAUUUGUGUCCAAGAGCAUUAGGAAGAAGACCCUUUUCUCCAGGACCUGACAUUCUAUUCACCUCAGCUCACGAUUGGCUGAAUCAUUACAGGGUAAUGAGAGUGGAAAAUGGAAUCCCUCAGGCCUGUUUGGGUCCGUUAUUAUCAUCCUUCAGCUGGAUUUUAUUAUACUGUGCCAAUAAUGAGUUCCUCUCCUAUGAUCAUUUUGCAUUUGCGUCCUGUUUAGUCUGUGUUCUUGCACAGUCAUCCACCUUGGGAGUUUCAAAUUGGACAAAAAAAGUAGACGGUUUUAAAGUUGUUUUUUUUUUUAAAGAUCUAUUGUGUUUUUUUGUCUUGUGAUUAAAUUAUGCCCACAGGAACUCAUUUGGGUACUCCAAAGUAAUUAAUACAGGCUUGUUAUGAGAAUUGUGCUCAUUUUACACUGUGUCCGGGGGCCAUGGUCCUGGGAUAGAAGACGCAGUUAGUGACCAAAUUAGUUUUGGACCCAUAACCAAGACAAGAGCAAUGGUGCAGGAAAAAAAAAACUAAAACAGGACUUACCAUAUAGCAAUAGUAGUUUAUGUAUACAUUCACUGAGCACCUUUUUGGGCACAUCUGUUCAUUUGCUUUCUUACAUAAAUAAGUCAGGCAAAGACUUGGCAGCAUUUCAAUGCAAUUAGAAAUCUAGUUGGCUUCAAUACGACUUGAGUUCAAACCAAUAACUUGCAAAGGGGGAGGGGGUUUAAAUAACUUUGGGUUUACCAUAGAUGUUGGUGCCAGAUGGGCCAGAAACAGAUGAUCUACAGGGACUUUCACUCACAACUAUCUUUGGGAUUUCCAGUGACUAGUCUAGUUGUGUAGAAGAAACUCUUUAAGGUUGCAACUGGUGCAUAUGUUUUCUUGGCACACUUUGGACAACUUAGUGCCAAUUGAGCAUUGUAGAACACCACAAUCCCCCUGAGUAGUGUCACUAACCACCUCUUUUCCUUAUGGUGGCAGUGUAGCCAUCUUCUGUACCAUGUCAUAAAGCUCAAUCUUAAACUCAUUUCUCAGACACUGUUCACUGCGGUGAACACAUUUGAGAUGUAGUGGAUUGAGACAUUUUAACUAAAUGUUCAGCCAACAAAUCUGCAGCAACUUUUGAUCUGUCAUUCCAAAAUGUACCAAGACUUUGGAGAGAUGUUUCUGACACCUGGUUGAAUCUAUGCUACUAAAGAAUUAAGACAGAUCUGAGGGCGAAAACAGGGCUGGAACUAGAACUAGCCUGGUGUACCUAAUAAAGUGGCCAGUGAAUGUAACUUCAGAGAACCAUCACAGAGCUCCGGAUAUUGUACGUAUUUUUUGACCAAUAAAAAUUUUGACCAAUAAUAAAUACUUUUCAUGAAACCCAUCAGUUUAGAAUUAAAGCAAAGCUACAAAUGAUGCAGCUUUUGUACACAAAACUCGCCUGACAGAUCAGAUAUCAGAACAUUAAAUGAAUCCAGUCAAUUCCUAUGAAUGUGACAUUUGUGACAACAAGCAAUAAUAAAGACUGAGUGGUAAUCUUAUGCAGAUGAUACUCAACUAUACCUUUGAUUUGUCUGUGGAGAUGUAACAUUUUUAACCUUACAUUGGUUUUUGAAACUUUACUGAAAAUUUUGUGUUCGUUGUUUCUUUUUGUAAGCAGAUAACUCAGUUUAGACCACCAUCCUUACUAUGAAUAACUUGACUAAUAUGGUUAUUCCUAUGUGUAAACAUAGCUUGCAUCAUGUAAACGAGACUAUUUAUUUAUGUAACCUGGUUCACUAUUAUUGUAGACCUAUUAAAAAAGGACAUGUUGAAAUAAUUAUUGUUUUACUCUGACAGAAUCAUAUUAUGAUCUGGACGAACUGACCAAUCUUAAAAAUUAAAGCAAAAGGAAAUGAAUUGACAUGACAAAGGA